AUGCUUACUGAUAAAAACACAAGAGCGAAUUAAAAGUUUGAUUGGAAGUUUGUGUUAGAUAUUGGAUUGAAAUUUGGCGAACAGCAGGGACAUUUCAGAAUUUCUAUCUUCUGAGAGCCACUGACGGGGACGGCUCAGAUAUUUGUGACAACAAACAGCUGAAAACCAACGUUUCGAGGAUUAAUCUUGUGCAAUUGUGUUUAUCAAGAUGUGUUCCCGUAACUUAGCUCUGGCGUGGUCACUGAUAAUCGCACUGGUGCCACUGGCAGUCGUAGCGUUACCUCAUCACAGUGUUGCCAAGCGAAGCUCGUUUUUCGAUUUAGAAUGUAAAGGACAAUUCAACAAAGCGAUUUUCUACCGGCUGGACCGGAUAUGCGAAGACUGCUACUCUUUGUUCCGGGAGCCCCAGAUAUUGUCUUUCUGCAAACAACAGUGCUUCACGACAGACUACUUCCGUGGUUGCAUAGAUGCUCUUCAGCUGACGGAUGAAAUCGAAACGUUGAAACCGUAUAUCAAGGUGCUAAACGGUGCCGAUCCGAACGGGUUAUAAGUGCUUCACAAAAGAGCCGUUAGGAAAAAAAAAACAACGAAGUGAUCUAUCCUCCCCACGAUCCCACUAUCACGUGACUGAGCAGGAGGAAUGUACUAAACUUGCGCGCAAAAGUGCUUAACAACAACCAGUAUCAACAGCAAAAUCGUCGUUGCUAGAACAGUAACAUAAUUUUGUAACGCUAGUGCCAACAACAUAGGAUACAACGACGAAGUAUCAUCAUCAACACGACCCCAACCCGACACCGAGAAACAAACCAGUGGUCGAUUAUUGUGCAAUUUUUUGUUUUGUUCUCAAAGUAUUAGUUAAUUCCAUAAUCCGGCGCUGGAACGUUCACUGCGAAGCAACAGGCAGACAUCCGACACCUAAGGAGUUAAAGCAGAGUACAAUUCUAACGCUUAUGAUUUUCCUUAUCGUUUCAUUUCAUUUUAUCGGAGAGGACUGCUUUGGAACAGAAUAUUUCCUGGCUUGCGUAGAAGCGUUAUUUUUGGACGAGGAAGAAGAAAAGUUUAUGAAGUGGCGUGAAAUGUUGGGGAAAAAAUAAUUUUGCCAUGUUGAUUCUCAUCCGUAACUGUAUUUUAUUAUAUUUAUAAAAGAACAAAUCCUGAUAUUUUAUAAUUUAGGCAGUGCGUAGGCAGCUUGUUUAAUAAGUUUUUCAUAAUUGGUUAGACCUUCUUCAGAAAAAUAGUAUAAAUCAAUGACUGAAGAGGAAGAAGAAAGAGUAAGCCAUCGUGUACAUAAUUAAUUGAUAAAGAAAUAUUUAUUUAUAUCUAUUAAUGUUUAAAACUGACUUACAAAGUUGGCAAGAUGAGCCGUUUUAGCAAUGUUAUGGAGUGCGUUUUUAUGCAUUGUAAUUAAAAAUAAUAUUGAGUGAUUGAAGUCAUAUGUCUGAGAAAAAUUAAAAGAAAUGUUUACCAGUUUGAAUUGUUUGUAAACGGGGGAAGGUAACGCUUCUACUAGUGAGUCUAUCACUGAAAACGGCUGUUGUUACUUUCCCCUGACCGAAAUUAAGUAGUAGGAUAUGCUAGAUUUUUUUUUAACAUUCUAAAGCAUUAUUCAUUUGGUCAGACGACUCAUCUAUCCAAUGAUACAAAAAUAAAACAGAAAUAUAGUUUACGUUAAUGUAUUUAUAUUUUCAAAAAAUAUACUUCUAGUCCAGAAAGCACACAUUUACGUUUAGUUAUUUAUGAUGAAGGAAAAACAGUGAAGUAACAAGUUCUAUCAACGGUAGAUAAGGUGUAUUUUGCAAUAUUCCUACUUUGUGUUAAGCUUUAGUUUGCAAUUAAUAAAAGUAGUUUCAUUUGUGCCCCCUUAGUUUCUCGGUUCUACAUCGGGUUCAAAUAUUACUGAUCCAGAGCUUUCGCAAACUGUUUCCAUUGCACAGCAGCGAACUCCACUCAUUAAUAUGAUUGAUCUUAGAACAAUAAAGUGUUGAAAAUUCAAAAAUCAAUAACAAAAACUGAGCUGUUUUUGCGUUGAUUAUGUAUGCUACAGUUUAUAUAUUAUUAACAUUCCUUGUUGGGCAGUAUUUUCUCUCGAAAAUAGAAAAACCAUCAAAAAGUUAGAAAAUUUCUUUCUCACACCUGAGCCAAGCUUGGGUUAUAGAACCGGAAAGCGGCAAUAACAUAUAAAUAUAGAGCUUUGAUUCAUCGUGUGGUAAAGUGGCUUUCUUUUCGAUGCUACUAACUAUGGCAGGGUUCGGCAAGAGCGAAGCUCAAGUACUCAUCAAGAAUAACUAUAACAGAGUGCGAUCUAGGACUUCCUUAUUUCGCUAAACGAACAUUUUUAACCAAAAUCAUUAUCAUUGUUAUCAGGUAUGAUUUGUGUAAAAAAUCAAUAAAAGUAAGCAAUUGUAUCAGUAUAGCCUAAGUUCCUUUUGAGUAUUCUGGUAAAAACCAUUUUAGAUUGUGCUUCAUUGUAAAUGUACUUGCAGAAUAAUGGAACAGCAAAAACAUCGAAACGAUUUACAGGAUAAUAGACACGAUCUGGAUUUGAUGCCGAAAAUCAGUUGAUAGUUGAUAGGUGAACUGUUAGACAUAACUUCAUAAAUUGCCAUGUUUUGUAAAAAUAAUAAUUUUAUGUACAUUAUCAAGAACCAUCUUCCCUGGACAGAUUAUAAGUUACGUCAUUUUUAAACUACGUUACUGGGAGGAUCACUGUUCAAGCUAACUAAAUACAAAAUCAUUUUUGUAUAAAACAAUGAAAGCAAACUGAUAUUAUGCAUAUGUUUUUAACGAAAAUACGGGGAAAUAAUAAAAUAUCAAUCAGCUUAAGAAGUA